ACCAUAUCAUAACUCCUCACAGCCUCGCCAUGCCCUGAGACGCCCACCCGCCCAAGAUCGGCUAACCACUACCCCGGACGUAUUUCAAAGGGUUGACGUUCGAUACGCCCCGCCGAGUGUCUGAGAAUAAUAUCCUACCUCAAUAAUAAAAGGCCGACCUACGGGCUCCGAAGAUACGAAGGCUCACAUCUCAACUCAUUUGUCUUCCCCUUCGAAAACACCUUACCAUCACCCCGAGCGGGCUCGACACCCGGCGUGGCUCAUAGCCACCGGUCUUUGGUAUGAUGGGGUUCUCAGAUUUGCCCGAAAGGGUUCGCUUCGAUAUAUACAAGCGAAUGCUGGUGAUGGGGCACCCAAUCUAUCUUUUUCAAGACAAUGGAUCUCGAGUAGAGACAUUUGCGCCCGAUAUACCCAUUCGCUGGCUCGCCUUACUACAUAGCAAUGGACAGAUAUACCGUGAGGCGUGUGCAGUGCUAUACGGUAUGAAUCGCUUUACUUUGGUAGAUACAACGCAGCAACAAGUUGGCCUCCUUCAAUCCUUCUUGGACCGCAUCGGACCUGUGAAUACAAAUUUACUCACUCAUUUAUGUAUCAAUUUCCCAGUCGUGGAGAAAAGAAAAGGUCAAUCCUGUGAGGUCGAACUCCGGGAAGAUAGCCAGCAGAGCUUACGACUUCUUCAAAAAAGAUGCGCUAACCUAACGACACUGGAAACUUUCAUUCACGGCAAUAAUUCCAGUUUCUUGACCGAGCCAUGCGAGGACAAUCGAGCUGUUCAUUCGAGAGGCAUUGCUGCGAGUUGAUGAGCAGCUAAAAGCUAUUUCUUCGUUGAAGCAGGUCAUUGUCAGAGUCUACGUUGGAGCUUUGGCCUCUUCUGUAAUGGAUAUGAUGAGAGAGCUUGGAUGGGUUGUCGUGUUGGGUGACCGAGAAUGUUAGUUUAACACGGGAUUGGCGUGGAUUGAGUGAAUCAGGGUUAUGUACAUGUAGUUGGUGGUAUAGGGCCGAGUCCUAACAGACAGAGCUUACAGCAGACACCAAACAUCGACAUAUUCCUCAGAA